GUGAAGGGAUCUGUGCGUUUUCUUCCAAUUCUGAAUGGCAUCUCUUAGCUGCGAGACAUGGUUGUGCUUGUCCUGCCUUAAAAUCGAUUUUAAAAGGAAGGCUCAGUAUGCUGUCCUUGGGAUAUUUCUUUCAGGAAUCAUGAUGCCACUGGAGGGCUGACACCCCUUCCCCACUGUUCCUAGAGGUUGUAGCUAUGCAGCAAGGCACAGCAGUCCUAUGUCUAACACUGCUGGCUGAAGGUUACCUGCAGCAAGACCUGAUCCUCUAAAAAACAAAACAAAUAUAUAUAAAUAAAAAGAAUUAAAGUGGCCGUGUUUUCGCACUUUAGCUUCCGUACUGUGGUUUUGAUUUCCUCCACCCCUCAUCUCGCCUUGGCUUUGCUUGGUGGAUGUGUAUGCAUGAGUUCUGCACCGAAUGGGCGCAAGAACCGCCCCAGGUCACAGGGAUCUAUCUUCCAAAUCGGCAACAAAUCGCUCCCCAGAGACUUUGACCGCAGGGGGAGCUCAGAGAGCGCCCUCAAACCCCAGAGAACCCUGGACCACUGCAAAAUGCUUGUCCAGGAUUUCAAUACCCAGGUGGCUUUGUAUCGAGAGUUAGUCAUUUCUAUUGGGGACGUGUCUAUUAGCUGUCCCUCCCUUCGAGCUGAAAUGCACAAAACUCGGACCAAAGGCUGUGAGAUGGCACUUCAGGCUCACCAAAAACUCUCAGCAAUUUCUGGGCCAGAAGAUGGAGAAAUUCAUCCUGAAAUCUGCCGACUUUAUAUUCAAUUGCAGUGUUGUCUGGAAAUGUAUACAACAGAAAUGCUGAAAUCCAUGUGUCUAUUAGGAUCUCUGCAGCAUCAGCGGAAAGGAAAAGAUCCUUGCAUAGGUGCUAAGAUCAUAGACUACAAAAUGGAAGAGAGUUCUGAAAUCCCAAUUUUAGAAGAUACAUCAUCAUCGCCAGUAGAUAUUCAGCAGCAAUGCUGGCAACUCUCCACAGACAUUGAAAACACUGAAAGAGACAUGAGAGAAAUGAAAAACCUUUUAAGCAAACUCAGGGAUUCAAUGCCUCUGCCAUUAAAAAACCAAGAUGAUAGUAGCCUUCUGAACCUAACAAAUUAUCCACUUGUAAGAAGAAGGAAGAGGAGAUUCUUUGGACUGUGCUGCCUCAUCUCAAGCUAAAAACUUUAAAAAGCCAUUUUUUUUGCUGUGAAUACAAUAUUAUUUGACCUUUGCAGUCAUAAAUUGUAUGGAGGUUGGUUUUUCAUGAUGUUUUCAGUGUUGCCUAA